UGGACUUGGACAGUCAGUCUGUGUUGGUGGAUUUGUGGGGAAUGACGCUUGGAUGACACAGAAGAAGAAAAAACAAAAAGAAUAUAAGGACUGAGGACAUAUUGGAGCAGCGAUGCCGUCGGUCAACGUGAGCGCCGUGCGGCUUCGGAGGGCGGCGGGGGAAGAGGAGAGGGAGCCGCGGCCGCCUCCGCCCCCGUCUCACCACUCCAACCAUCAGUUCGCCAGCAUGAAGAACAAGUUCUUCAACGAGCUCACACACCUGCCAAACCAUAAACUCAAGAUGCCCAUGUGGGCCGUGGGGGCCAUCGUGGUUGUGGUCCUCGCCCUCGUCGCCUGCCUCGGAUUCUGCAUCUACAAGAAGUGUUUCAACAAGGGCAAGAAGCAAAAGAAGGCUCGAGAGAGGAAGGGGGGAGGCGGGCGGGGCCGCAGAAAGAAGGAUAAGGAUGGAGAAGAUGGAGACGAGAAAAAGGAUGGAGAGGAAGAGAAGGAAGAGGAGAAGGAGUUUUUCGGCAAGCUGGAGUACUCGCUGGAUUAUAACUUCACCGAUAAUCAGUUGAUCGUGGGCAUCCUUCAGGCUCAGGACCUCCCAGCGAUGGACAUGGGCGGAACCUCCGACCCUUACGUUAAAGUCUACAUGCUGCCGGACAAGAAGAAGAAGUUCGAGACCAAAGUUCAACGCAAGAACCUCUGCCCCGUGUUUAACGAGACUUUCACUUUCAAGAUCCCUUACAGUGAGCUCGGUGGUCAAACUCUGGUGCUGCAAGUUUUUGAUUUCGACCGUUUUGGAAAACACGACGUCAUCGGCGAAAUCAAGAUCCCAAUGAACAGCAUUGACCUCGGGCAACCAAUACAUGAAUGGAAAGAUCUAGUUGGUGGAGAAAAGGAAGAGCAAGAGAAACUCGGUGAUAUCUGCAUUUCCCUUCGCUACGUCCCCACGGCCGGUAAGCUGACGGUCAACGUGAUGGAAGCAAAGAACCUGAAGAAAAUGGACGUCGGAGGACUGUCAGAUCCGUUUGUCAAGGUGGUUCUGCAACACAACGGCAAGCGACUCAAGAAAAAGAAGACAUCUGUGAAGCAAAACACUCUAAAUCCUUACUUCAACGAGAGCUUCAGCUUUGAGAUUCCCUUCUCCCAAAUUCAGAAAAUCCAGGUGCUGAUCACCGUGUACGACUACGACAAACUGGGCAGCAACGAUCCCAUCGGGAAGUGCUGGAUCGGCUACGGCGCCUCCGGCGUCGGGCUGCGCCACUGGUCAGACAUGCUGGCCAAUCCCAGGCGACCCGUGGCCCAGUGGCACACGCUGCUGCCGGAGGAGGAGGUGGAUGCUGCCCUGAAGGCCCCCAUCCGCUAACGUGGCCCCUGAGACCGGGGCUGCUGUCAGUGUAACUUUCCAGGAACUACUGACUUAUUUGUGAUAUUUCACUUUAAGUUAAGUUAUUGUGUGUGUGCGUGUGCAUGACCUUCAUUUUCACAAAUCAACAGAUGCAUGUAUAUGCAUGCUCGCUAGUCAAGGAAUAUGCAAGAUGCUGAGUAAAUUGUGCCAUGUUGUCAUGUGGUCUACAGUCUUCAAAAAUGUUGUAUUAUGUAUUAUACUGUAUGCUUUCAAUGAGAAAUGGAAGACAAGAGGGUUAUGUAUAGAAAUAAAAAAAAAAAAGACUCCAUUAGAUGUUAGCACUAGGACACAGAAUGCUAUGCUCAGCAAUAAUAGCACAAGAUAACUGUGCUAACCUUGUUUCAGCCUCCAUGUUUCAGACAGGAAGAUUAAGCACGAUGGAGCCAAGACCCAUUUACCAAGAUACCACUAGAAUCUAGAGUCUGCUAAAAGGAAAAUGGACACCAAGACAUUGUUGCUGACCACAGAUGUUCAUGUCCUGUUCUGUGUCCCUGAGCUGCUCCUCUUUGCUGUUUAGCGAAUCAGAUCCAUACUUGAUUGUUCCAGUUUAAUGUGCUGUAGUCAGAUUUGUUCUCAGAAUGGAGCAGAUGUCAUGCAUGUGUGUGUUGCUCUUCGUUUCUUUCAACAACAAAAAAAGAAAAAAAAGAAAGAGAGAAAUUCUUUUGGCUUCACUUUUUAUCCCUUAUAUUGAGCUUGUUAAAAUAAAAAAGCAGGAUAAAUAAAAGACA